UUCCAUUUUCCUCCACCUUGAAUAAUAUUAUAUGUUACGCUUUUUUACAAAAGCGAUGUAUUUGACUUAAAAUGUUCUGAUCUUAAUGAAUAGCUCUAAAAUCUCUAAUUUCAGUCAGUCUACCUUGUGCUGGCAUUUCCUUUUCGCUGCUCCCAUGACUCUUCUCCUGCUUCUUUCAUGGAACGCUCUUGUCCUCACAUCUCCUUCCAUCCCCCUCCACGUGCUUCGAGCUUCUACAGAGGUGGUGAUGAUAAUGGCGGCGGUGACGGUGAUGUCGCUACUUCGGUUUCCGCUUUAGGGUUCCGAUUCGGGUUUUCUUCGGUUUUAGAGUUGUGCUUUUUAUGAGAUCAAGCUUCAACUUCUGAUGCUGCUUGGUGAUUAUAUAUAUUGACGCCUCAAUGGAAUACUCAGGGUUGUUUGACUGGCUCCUCUGUUGAUCGGAUAUGAUAUGCGGGCAAUGGAUCAGACAACUUUAGAACUGCUGAGCAACAAAGAGGUCAUUUGCUGUCAGUCAAGUACUGUAUGGAAAGUGGACAACCACAAUAGACGCCGUGAGCCCAUGACAACAAUCAGAGGAUCAGGAGUCCUAACAAUGCCAUGGAGUGUUACUCAGAUGGGUUGGAUAUUUGGACAUGGUUUCACCAGCGAAUGUACAUCUUAGAAUGAUGCAUUAGUGGCUGCUGCAAGAUUACUACGUGAACUUGAAAUAUUUGAAGAGUAGAAGGAAGUUUGAUCCAAAAAAAGAGAGAAAAAGAUGGCUGAAGGAGUGUUGUUCUGCAUUGCAGAGGAAAUCCUGAAGAAUCUGGGAUCAAGGGCUAUUGAUGAGAUUGCCUCUGCGUGGGGAUUCAAGGAUCGCCUUGAAGACCUCAAGAACACCAUCAACACUAUCAAAGAUGUGCUCCUUGAUGCUGAGGACAGGCAAUCUGACAGCCGAGUCAUUCGCGGUUGGCUUGAAAGGCUUGCUGUUGUUGUCUACACCGCAGACGACUUGUUUGACAAGGUUGGUACAGUUGCACUGCAGAAACAGAUACAAGGUGGAAACAAGUUGACUAAAUAGGUAACCAUUUUCUUCUCUAACUCCAAUCAGAUCAAGUUUGCAUUGAGCAUUUCCAAGAAGAUUAAAACAAUUAGGCAAGAGCUGGAUGGUAUAGUCAGAGACAGUACUGAGUUUGCCUUUGUGUACCGUCCUCGUGAGGAAGGGAGUGUGAUAAAUAUUAGGAGAGGGAGAGAUCAAACUUAUUCAUUUGUAGAUGCUGACGAAGUUAUUGGUAGAGAUGAUGAUAAGAAAGCAAUCUUAGAUAUACUUCUUGCCUCUUAUGAAACUGAGAAUGAGAUGCUCCAUGUUAUCCCGAUUGUUGGGAUUGGAGGACAGGGCAAGACAACCUUGGCUCAACUCAUAUAUAAUGAUCCUCAGGUUGAGAAGUACUUCGAGUUGAGGCUCUGGGUGUGUGUAUCAGAAGUCUUUGAUAUAAAGUUGAUUACAGAAAAAAUCCUCAAGUCAGCAACCAAUGCAGAAACUCCGAAUGUAGAGAUGGAACAGUUACAAGGUCAACUGCGAAGAGAAGUAGCUGAUAAGACAUACUUGCUUGUUUUGGAUGAUGUUUGGAAUGAAAAUCGUGAGGAAUGGCUGAAACUGAGGGCUCUGUUGAAGAUUGGACGAAAGGGGAGUAAGAUACUUGUAACUACUCGAUCAAGGGAGGUGGCAAAAAUAAUGGCCACGGUUUCUGUCUGUGAGUUACAAGGCUUAUCAGAAGAAAAGUCUUGGAAUUUAUUUCAAAAGAUGGCAUUUGAACCGGGACAAACUCAGCAGAAGCUACAUCUUAUGGAGGUUGGGAAGGAAAUAGUUAAGAAGUGUGCAAAUGUUCCUUUAGCCAUAAGAACUGUUGGCAGUCUUCUGUAUGGCAAGGAUGAUAGCAAGUGGUUGUCGUUCAAGAAUAGAAGUCUUGCCAAUCUGUCUGACAGUGAGAAUGGCGUCAUAGACAUUUUGAAGCUUAGCUACCAGCACCUACAGUCACCAUUGAAGAAUUGCUUCGCUUACUGCUCUUUAUUUCCGAAAGACUACGAAUUUGACAAGGAAAUACUGAUAAAUCUUUGGAUGGCUGAGGGCUUUAUCGUUCCAAAAAAUCAUGAAGGCCAGAGUUUGGAAGAACUUGCUGAAUGCUAUUUUCUUAUUUUGAUGCAAAGGUGCUUCUUUCAGGAUAUAAAAAGGGAUGAAUGGGGGAACAUUUCGAGCUGCAAAAUGCAUGACUUGAUGCAUGAUCUUGCUCAACAAGUGGCUGGAAUCAACUGCAAAGUUAUUGCAAAGUUUGAAGAAAGCAGUUCAAAUAAGGGAAUCCAUCACUUGUCUUUUGCUUAUCGUUUGACUUCAGUGUGGAAGACACCGAGUUGGAUGCUGAAUUUGAAGCGUCUGCGGACAUUCCUUUUGCCCGAACAAAUGAGAGAUGGAUCACCCUUCAGCAAAAUGAUUUGUCAAGAGAUAUUAUCAACCUUUGGUUGUUUGAGAGUGUUGGAUCUACACAACCUUGGAGUCAGAAAUUUGCCGAGUUCAAUAGGUAAUCUAAUCCAUUUAAGGUACCUCAACCUUUCUCAGACACCUAUAAAAGAACUUCCUGAUUCAAUCACAGACCUCUUAAAUUUGCAAACACUAAACCUAUAUCAUUGUCGUCUCCUUGAAAUACUGCCUAGAAAUAUGAGAAAACUUAACAACCUUAGGAGCCUUGAUACUGGUAGAUGUCGUAUGCUAGAUCAUAUGCCUUCAGGUUUAGGAGAAUUGACUUCUCUUUAUCAACUACCUCGAUUUAUAGUCAACCAUUCUCCUAAAUUCAGAAACUUUCCCAAUUCUUCUAAGUUGAGUGAUUUAAAGAAUCUUAAUAACCUGAAAGGAGAAUUGAUCAUUCAAAUAUUUGGGGAGUUAAAAAGUCCUUUGUUAGAAGCAACAGAGGCAAAUUUAGAGGGAAAACAUGGGCUGACUAAGUUCCAUAUACAAUCUGAUAUAUGUUCAUUGUUAAUAACAGGGGCAAGCUUAGAUGUUAGUGGUAGUAAUCAUGAUGAAGCUCUGCUGGAAGGACUCAAACCAUAUUCUAAUUUAAAACAGCUUGAGAUUCAUUUCUACAGAGGUCAAAAGCUUCCAAGUUGGGCAAUGAUGGGUAAUUUGUGUAUUAAUCUUCCAAAUCUUGUUAAGAUUGACCUUUUGAGGUGUAAUUGGUGCCAGCAAGUGCCCUCUUUUGGCCAACUACCUUCCUUGAAGAGUCUUAGUCUCAUUUAUUUGAAAAGUGUGGAAUACAUGGAGAUGGAUUGCAGUGUUUAUGACCUUCCCUCCUUAAAGGAACCGCCAUCGACAGAAAUACCAUUCUUCCCAUCACUUCAGGAACUUACACUGGAGGGAAUGCAUAAUUUGAAGGGAUGGUGGAAAGAAGCAAUUGUUAACAAUGAUACACAAGAUGCAGCAAAUAUACCGAUGAAACAACAACGUUUAUUAUCCAUGUCAUUUCCUAAUGUAUCAAAAUUGUUUAUACAAGGAUGUCUAAAGCUGAUAUCCCUUCCAUUAUGUCCUAAUGUGGAGGAACUGGAGCUAGUUCACGCUUUUGAAACAAUGUCAGUGUCAAAGAUGGCAGCAGCUUCGUCAUCAAAUUCAUCUUCAAAGUUGAAAAGUUUAACAAUCAGCAAUGUGGAAGACCUCAAAUGCCUCUCAAGAGAAUGCCUGCACCAACUUUCUUCACUUGAUGUCCGUAGUGGGGAGCUGGUGAACACAGAAGAAAUAGGAAAAGAAGUUUUCAAAAGUAUAUCUUCUUCUCUCCGUUCUUUGACAUUCAGUCAUUGCGAUAGGUUGAGAUUUUUCGGUCAAGGCCUGGAACAUCUCACAGCAAUAAAGAGUUUGGAACUUACAAUUGUAAACAGCUUGAUCUAUCGGCAGAUGAACAGUUGCCAUGGAAAAACUUGAGGAGUCUUCGUUCUUUAGCAUUGCUUUGGCUUCCAAGGCUAUUUGUUCUUCCAAGUGGGCUUCAACACUUGGUAAACCUCCGUAAUCUAGAAAUAACAUACAAUUGUGAAUUGAGGGAACUACCAGAAUGGAUAAGUUGUCUCUCCUCCCUUGGGAAUAUGGAAUUGUAUGGUUGUCAUAAAUUAACAUCUCUGCCAGAAGGCUUCUGCAAGCUCACUGCCCUAAAUCACCUCCGAAUCGUAGAAUGUCCAGGAUUAACAGAAAAAUGCCAACGUCCAAAUGGUAGUGAAUGGCCCAAGAUUCAGCAUAUCCCUCUUGUUACGGUUUUGAAGGACGUUAACCAUUGAUGUUAUUCAACUUGCAACAGAGAGCUCUUAUACAGAGCAACCGAUGUAUGUUACAGUUUAACUAUUGUUUUUACCUUCUCUGUUCUUUUCCCCCUUUAGUUCUACUGUAUCCUAGUAAACAUGUGAAUGUUACUACUUACUUCUAGCAGUAGAUGAACUUUUGCA